AUGGAUCAGCGUAGAGAGAUGCUUUCCAUGCAAGCACGAGAGUCUAAGUCCCUGGAUCCUGUCAGUGGGGAAUUUGACGGCGGCACCUCAGCUGGUACAAUUAGCAUUUCAUCAUCUUUUAUCACGGUGCCCUGCGUUGACUGUGGUUCUGCUUUGAAGAUGUCAGCAGCCACUGCGUGGCACUUUCAGUCCUAUAGGUCGGAGAGUUUGGCAAAGAAGACCAUUCUCAGCAAUCAGAUGGUCGACAUUCCAGAAAAUGUGGACAUCACUCUGAAGGGGCGCACAGUCAUUGUGAAGGGCCCCAGAGGAACCCUCUGGAGGGACUUCAAUCACAUCAAUGUAGAGCUGAGCCUUCUUGGGAAGAAGAAGAGGCUCCGGGUUGACAAAUGGUGGGGCAACAGGAAGGAACUGGCCACCGUCAGAACCAUCUGCAGCCACGCUCAAAACAUGAUCAAGGGUGUUAUGCUGGGCUUCCUCUAUAAGAUGAGGUCUGUGUAUGCUCACUUCCCCAUCAAUGUCGUUAUUCAGGAGAAUGGGUCUGUGGUUGAAAUCCAAAAUUUCUUGGGUGAAAAAUACAUCCACAGGGUUCGGAUGAGGACAGGCGUUGCUUGUUCUGUCUCUCAAGCCCAGAAGGAUGAAUUAAUCAUUGAAGGAAAUGAUAUUGAACUUGUUUCAAACUCGGCGGCUCUGAUACAGCAGGCCACAGCAGUUAAAAACAAGGAUAUCAGGAAGUUUUUGGAUGGUAUCUAUGUGUCUGAAAAGGGAACAGUGCAGCAGGCUGAUGAGUAG